UAUGAUAUGUUUAAAGCCGCAAAUUUUUCAUCUCUCUUUUCUCUUAGUCAAAUUAGACCCGUAUGUAACGCGACAAAUUUCCAGAGAUACAACAUUCAUGACCAAAAAGAGAAAAAUCAAAGCCUGAAAAAAAUUCAUAUUAAUUAGGGUUUUGAUUUUUCUCUCCUCCAAGAAACAACCUAUUAUCUAUAUUGUAGUUAAUAAUAUUACAUAUAAUAAAUAAUAAAUAUAUCCUUAAUAUUGAUUUUGUUUCUUGGAGGUUUAUAAUUAUAAUAUCAAAUGGUGUCAGGUGGGGGAAAAGAUAUUGAACAAGGGUUUAAAAUGGUUGAAGAAAAUGAUCAAUCAAAUAAUCAAAUUAUAACCCCUAUAGAUAAAAGAGAUUUGGUGUGUGAACUUAUGGGUAUAAUUCAAACUAUAAGUUCUUAUGGUGAAUAUAGGAGGACUCAAAGAAGAGAAAGUCGAAAUCUUGUACGUAGAAUGAAAUUAUUAAUACCCCUUUUGGAAGAAAUUCGAGAUUUCGAAGGACAAAUUCCCGAAUCCGGUAUCAAAUGCUUGGUGAAAAUGAAGAAGGCAUUUCAUUCUGCUAAGAAAUUGUUAAAAACUUGUCAUUGUGGUAGCAAGCUUUACCUGGCUUUGGAAAGUGAGGCUGUUAUAAGAAGAUACCAUUUUGUAUAUGAAAAAUUAAGCCAGACACUGGAUGGCAUGCCUUAUGAAGAGCUUGGUAUUUCAGAUGAAGAGAAAGAACAGGUGGAGUUGAUGAUCGUUCAAUUUAAAAGGUCUAAGAAGCGAAUUGAUACUCAAGAUAUGGAACUCGCGAUGGAUCUGAUGGUAUCAUUGUCCACAGACAAUGAUCGGAAUGUAGAUAGUGCGAGCAUAGAAAGGCUAGCGAAAAAGCUGGAAUUGCAUACGGUUGAGGACCUAAAGGCUGAAAUGAUAUCUGUACAGGAACUGGUUAAAGAAAGACGAGCACACAGUGCUGAGAGCACGCAACGAAUCAUAGAUCUUCUAGACAAAUUGAAGAAGUUAGCAGGUAUGGAAGAGUCUGAUGUUUGUCAUGAACCACCUGUUAUGCCCAAAGCACUCGAAAAAUCCAUCUCCAUUGCUAUCCCAAACGAGUUUCUCUGUCCGAUCACAUUACAGAUUAUGACAGAUCCGGUUAUUAUCUCAACUGGACAGACAUAUGAACGAGAGAGCAUACAACAGUGGUUGAAUUCGAAUCAUCAUACAUGUCCAAAAACCGGAGAGACUUUGACACACUUGUCGUUGGCACCAAACUUUGCUCUGAAGAACUUAAUCGGGGAGUGGUGUUUGAAGAACAACUUUCAACUUCCAGAAAAGGAGGCUCCAACAAACCCCGAAAGUCCUUCUGCUGGAAGUGAUGAAAAGCUAUUGUCCUAUAUUAAUGACUUAUCCUCUAGUCAUUUAGAAGUGCAGAGAAAGGCUGUGACAAAGAUCCGGAUGCUUUCAAAAGAAAAUCCGGAGAAAAGAACUUUGAUAGCCAACAACGGAGGAAUUCCACCACUCGUGCAGUUACUUUCCUAUCCGGAUUCCAAAAUCCAGGAGCAUGCUGUGACAGCUCUUUUAAACUUGUCAAUCGAUGAAACAAACAAGAAACUUAUAUCCAGAGAAAAUGCCAUCCCGGAUAUAAUUGAGAUAUUGCAGCAUGGCGGUGUUGGAGCUAAAGAGAACUCUGCAGCAGCAUUAUUUAGCUUAUCAAUGCUUGAUGAAAACAAAGUAGCUAUAGGUUCAUUAAAUGGCAUCCCACCAUUGAUUGAUCUGUUAAAAAACGGAACAAUCAGAGGGAGGAAGGAUGCUAUUACUGCACUUUUCAAUCUAUGUUUGAACCAUACUAACAAAAGCAUCGCGAUCCAGGAAGGGAUUGUAGCACCUUUACUUCAACUACUAGAGGAAAAACACUUCGACAUGGUUGAUGAGACCUUGUCAAUAUUGUUGAUUCUCGCGACUCAUUCAGAAGGUAGACAGGAAAUUGGAAACCUUUCAUUCAUCGAAACUCUUGUAAGUUUAAUGAAGGAUGGCACUCCCAAGAACAAGGAAUGUUCAGUGGCGGUGCUUCUCGAGUUGAGUAACAACAACUCAAAUCUUAUGCUUGCUGCCCUUCAGUAUGGCGUAUAUGAAUAUUUAGUAGAGAUAGGCAAGGAUGGAACUGAUCGCGGUCAGAGGAAAGCGAAAUCAAUACUACAGCUUAUGACCAAAACUGAGCAGAUUCCAUAUUGACAGUGCAAGUCCAAAUGUAUGUAGUUUGUACUACUACUUUAGCUGGGGUUGAAUUCGGGUCACCCAUAUAGGUCAACUUGGAUCAAUGUCCAACAUAAAGAAUAUAUAUAUAUCUGUUAUAUAGUAUAUAAUAUAAGAAGAAAAAAGAGAGAGAGAAAACACGAGCGUUAAGAGAGUUCUUUGAAGAGUUGUGUCUUUUCAGAAAAGAUAAAAGAAGUCCUCACGUUAGGAGCUUCUCCGUACAAACACAAAGAACGAAGAAAGUUUGCAGGAAUCUUUCUCCUAGUAAUCCAGGUACGAUCAUAGACUAUAUUGCUCGGACUCUUCAAAAAUGUUGACAAGUACGUGUCAAAUACUCCAAUAUACAACAUGGGUGUAACAACAAGUCUGGAGAGUUCGAGCAACAUAAAUCAUACAUUGUGAACUCUCAUUACAGACUGAUUUCUAGAUGUAUGUGAAUAUUUUUAUGACUAAUAAAACAAAUCAACGGAGAA